UUUAUCAGUCGAAGCCCAGUAUAUUGACAAAAAUAGUGAAUUGUGGAAAGUUACACUUUGUAACGAGCAAAUAGAAGACCGACCAAAUGUAGAAAACAUUGCAUCGGCAAUAGAAGUAGUUUUAGCCGAUUGGAACAUUUCCGAUAAAACGCAAGCGAUAACGCACGACAGUGCAUCAGUCAUGAAUGCAGCAGCGCAACAACUUUUUAAUAUAGGGGACAGCAUCAAGUGCAGCGCUCACCUUUUGCAGCUUGUGAUAAAAGACGCAUUAGCAGCUGUACCUGAUUACGAUAAAAUUUGCAAAAAAGGACGAAAUUUAACAGCACAUUUUCAUCGCUCAAAUAUUGCCAAAACUGCACUAGUAAACCGCCAAGUACAGUUGGGGAUAAAGGAAAAUCGACUCAUACAAUGCUGCGAAACACGUUGGAGCUCCAAAUAUUACAUGUGUGAGAGGCUGCUUUUGAAUCGAAAUGCAAUAUGCCUAGUUUUUCAGAUAAAACCGUUACAAAAACUUGCGAUGCGCUGA